AUAAAAAAAAAAAAAAAAGCAGCCCAAAUGUUGGUAAUCGGCUUCUCAAAAGCUACAUUUUAAUAAGUUCAAACGCAUCCUAAAAGUGAAAACGACUCGUUUUGCCUUGUGGGAGACAAUACCCAUUCAAUCAGUACUGGGCUACCAGCAGCACAAAGCGAAACGCGUCGUUUGCUUCUGUUUGAGAAUAGAAAUAUAGAGUUGCGCCGUCGGCCCUGACGCUGGAAUUGAGCAUUGUACGGAAGAAUCUUUCUUUUUUUUGGUCACCGAAGCUGGAAAAAUGGUAGACUUUCCCUGUUGAAAUUACUGGGAUAUCUGAACUCUGCUAAGAGAAGAGAAAACAUGGGUAAAAUAGCAGUGGCGGCGAUAGUGAGCAUUUGGGUAAUUCCCGUAUCCAUCCUGGUGAAUCGCAUUGUUCCUGAUCCUUACAUGGAUGAGAUCUUCCACAUACCUCAGGCUCAACAAUACUGCAAUGGCAAUUUCAGGAGCUGGGAUCCCAUGAUCACUACCCCACCUGGCCUGUAUUAUCUUUCACUUGUUCAUGUUGCUGCUUUGUUUCCCGGCAAAUAUUUUCUACAAUUGGCUUCAUCAUUCCCGGAAGUUUGCUCCACUGCAGUUCUUCGCUCUGUAAAUGGAGUCUUGGCAGUACUAUGCAGCAUUCUGGUGUAUGAGAUAAUAACCCACUUGAGGCCAGCUCUUGAUGAUAGAAAAGCAACGCUUUUUGCUGCAGUUCUAGCCCUGUAUCCACUCCAUUGGUUCUUCACUUUUCUUUACUAUACUGAUGUUGCAUCACUUACUGCUGUGCUCGCUAUGUAUCUUGCAUGUUUGAAGAAGAAAUAUCUAUUCAGUGCAUUGCUUGGGGCUGUGGCAGUUCUUAUUCGACAGACAAAUAUUAUAUGGAUGCUUUUUGUUGCCUGCUCUGGGGUCAUUGAUAUUACUAUGGCACAUCAAAGAGAUUAUAUGGAAGUUGAUAAUUUAAAGACAUCAAACAAGAGUACCGGUCUGUCAACCUUCAAUACCAAUGUCAAUGUGAGUUCAAACUUGAGGAAAAGGAAGUCCCGAGGAAAUGCAGAGGCUAAUAAACAUUCCUUUUACUGGACAAACACCUCUUCAACAGCCCGAACAUCAGGUCUGCUUCAUGAGAUUCAGGCUAUUGUUUUGACUUCAUGGCACAUAAAGUGGAUGCUUUUGGUCUCCUUUAGCCCAUUCUUUUUUGUGUUGCUGGCGUUUGUUGCUUUUCUCAUUUGGAAUGGGAGUGUAGUUCUAGGUGCAAAAGAAGCUCAUGCAGUUUCUCCACAUUUUGCACAAAUAAUGUAUUUUAGCUUCAUUUCUGCUCUUCUUGCGGCUCCUCUGCAUUUCACAAGAGGUCAUGCCCUAGAUCUGUUUCAGUCAUUCUGGAAGAACAGACUGCUUGGUUUUUUCCUUGGAUUUUUGGCUUUAAUUGCUGGCCUCCUUUCUGUACAUUUUUUCAGCUUCAUGAUGAAACACUUCUACUCUUCCAUCAUGUGGUUAAUGGAUUGUUGCAGCAUUGCUCACCCUUAUCUUCUUGCUGACAAUCGGCAUUAUACUUUCUAUCUUUGGAGGAAGAUAAUCAAAUUGCAUUGGUCAAUGAAGUAUCUUCUGGUGCCGUUUUAUGUUUAUUCAUGGUUCUCAAUCUUCCAUUUAUUGGAUAAAACCCAAAGGAGGAUCUGGGGAUUGGUGCAUUUCUUGGCUACUUCUGCUGUUCUGGUUCCUGCUCCACUAAUUGAAUUCAGAUACUAUACCAUUCCAUUCUAUCUUUUCAUGCUUCAUGCCGGUACUAAUGACGGCCGAAGCUGGCUUCUGAUGGGUGUUCUAUAUACAGUCCUGAAUGUCUUUACUAUGAGAAUGUUCUUGUUUCGGCCGUUCCACUGGGACCAUGAGGCCGGCGUCCAGAGGUUCAUAUGGUAGAUAGGAAAACACUAAAAGCUUAAAUGAGAGAAGCGUUAGCAGUUCGUUAUCAUCACGUGACUCACUGGUUUUGCUAAUCUUAGUGUUCUUUACUGGAUCAUGGAGAACUAACGCUUUGAUUCCUUUGUUGGCAUCUAAUUUAUAAACACCAUUACAUGUCAAGCAAAUGAAUUUAGCAUGUUUGAUAUGCAGCUUGUAACAAAUGAUGUUGGUUGUAAUGUCAAACAUACAUAUGUUUCCCAUAUGGGCCCUUUACAUAGCACACGAAUUUAAAUUUUAGUUUA